AUGGCUGGCCAGGUUUCUGCCGCACUGAUUCAGGAAGGUGCAGAGGCUGGUACAGGAAAUUUUCAUCAGAUUGCAGCUUUUGACAUUCCGGUUCUUGAAGAGAAGAGCAGCUUGGAUGUGGAGGAAUUUCAAAGCGCGGGCUUUGGUACGUUAUGUGCUUCAAACAGGGGAAAGACGCUGCAGCCUGGAGAUGUUGAAGCAAAGGAAGUGGUAUCGUUGAGAGCAUGCGCGCGAGCAUGUAAGGCUACGGCAGGUUGUGCAGGCUUCCAGUUUGGCCAUGCGCACAACACCUGCCAACUGUGGAAGACCGGCAUUUGCAGAAGUGAGGAAUCCGUCGGUCCCGAGAAGAUGGAGUGCUUCCGGAAAUGCGCCUGAUAGAUCCUGAUACGACUGAUUCGAGGCGAAGCCUCUUUUCAUAGCGGUGUGUUUAAGGAGGAAGUUUCACCACUGCCAGAAAUGCUGAAUCUGUAGCAAGAUCAUCCCAAA